CCUGAACACAACUCGAGUCAGGUGUAAACUUCACAACGUCUCUGGAGAGAACGGAGCUCAUCUGUGGUGAGUGAUUAGUUUCAGCAUCGCUAUGGGUCAACCAUCACUUCCACGUCUGCACCUAUGUGGCCUGCUGCUGUUUGCCCUCCUGAGCCCUGCCUCCUGCACCUGCAGAGUGGGCAAGAGGGAGGAGUGCAUGGAGGCCCCCUUCGUCCCUGGUCACGACCUGGUUGGUGAGGGCUUUGACAUAGUGAAGAUGGCACGAAAGAGGGCCUACACUAUCGACGUACAGACAUAUCUUCGCGACGACGGCACUUGCCAGUUAUGUGAGAAUGACGAAAUGGACAACGAGCUGCAGAAACUUCCACUGUCUGUGGUGGACUGGCGCUCAAACUCCAAGGUCACAGGAUCCCUCACCAGUGAGUCUUACUCAUCUGUCAAAGAACUUGUGCGAAGCACAGGUUCUGACAUCACAAAUGACUGGACAGAUGGGCUUGACAUCAAAAAAUUUGGCUUGGGAGCAGAGGUGGAGGUGGGGAUGGGGAAGUCGGUCUCUUCCAGGUUUGCCCUACAAAUGGCCAAGGAGGACUACUACACAUUCACUGUGCAUGAAUUCAACUGCACAUAUUACAGCUUCCGAGUCUCCAGCCAAGCAAGUGUCAACAGAGAGUUCAGUCUUGACAUCAACCGACUCCCAAAAGAGUACAAUGAGAAGACUAAGAGGCACUACAAGCAACUUAUCAACACCUAUGGUACUCACUACCUAGACAAGGUCAAUCUGGGUGGGAAAAUAAAGACAGUGACUGCCAUUCGCACUUGUCUUGCGUCUCUCAAAGGCCAAAGCACCGAAGAAGUCAAAAAUUGUUUAUCUGGCAAGUUGUCUCUGACAUUUGGACUUCCUGUAAGCCCCAAUAUAAGCCACGAGUCCUGCUUCUCUGUAUUCAACAACGAAAACACCACAGUCACCAGCCACAAUGCCUACUUCCAUCAAGUCACAGAGAUGACUCCUGGAGAGGUGAUGGUCGGAAGUCUCUCCUCAUCCUACAAUGACUACACAGGGUUUCGGCUCUGGUUCGACCAGCUUAAAGAAGACCCAGGUGUGGUGAGCUAUUCCCUGAACCCCCUGUCCAGGCUGAUAACAGACAAGGUCAUCCAAGCCAACGUGAUCACCGCCAUUCAACAGUACCUGAAGGAAAACGCGGUCUCCCCACCCUCUGGAAGUCUUGACUGCAAGUCAGGUAACUGCUGCCCAUCAGAACCUCACAAGGCCACACUGAAGAUCAACUCCAUCAGAGCAAGUGGAUUGAGUGGUGACUUCUGGAGUCGCACUGAUGCAUUUGCCAAAGUCAGGUAUGGAAGCCAAACAGAGAAAACCAAUUUGGUUCGUUCCGACAACCCUCAGUGGAAGCCCAUCAACUUUGGAACUGUGUUCACUAUCGAUGAUAGCUCUCUGCAUGUUGAUGUGUAUGAUGAAGAUGUGUUUAACUUCCAGCAUCUAGGAAGCUGUUCCGUCAAACUGGCAGUAGGAUCCGGCACUAAGACAUGUUCCUUUGGAAGGAGCACGGUCACACUCACCUACACUCUCACAUGCGCCGCUCAUCUCACUGGAGACAAAUGUCAGGUGUACAGCCCUCAGGCAGCAUACACCUCCCCCUAAAAAGGGUGCGAAACUGUGCAUAACUAAUGCCUACUGUGGUUAGAUAUUCUGUCAUGUAAUGUAUGAUUCAUUGAAAAUGUUUUUACAUUAUGUAACCAUUACAAGUUAAUUUACUGGUGGUGGGUGAUUUUCAUCAAGGAAUACAAUUGUGCAACAUACUGUACUAUUAAAUCUGUAAAAGCCAAACAUUGUACACAUACUCAAAAGUGCAAAUUAUAACGUGUUUCUGUUUCUUCAGUUUUUGUGUAGUAUUUUUUAUAUAGGCUUGAAAUGAAAUAUUUGUCCAUAACACUGUUGA